AAUUUAAGCAAUAAUGCCGAGUGAAAUAAUAACGCUGCAAUUAGGCCAAUGUGGCAAUCAAAUUGGCUUUGAGUUUUGGAAGCGACUUUGCCUGGAGCAUGGCAUUUCACCUGAUGGCGUGCUAGAGGACUUUGCGGCCGAAGGUCAUGACCGCAAGGAUGUGUUCUUCUAUCAGGCCGAUGAUAAUCAUUAUAUACCACGUGCAGUUCUGCUGGACUUGGAGCCGCGUGUCAUCAAUAACAUUAUGACUUCGACAUAUGCAAAGCUUUAUAAUCCGGAGAAUGUUUACUUGUCCAAGCAUGGUGGCGGCGCUGGCAAUAACUGGGCGUCUGGCUUUAGUCAAGGCGAGCGCGUGCAUGAGGAAGUGUUUGACAUACUCGAUAGGGAAGCCGAUGGCAGCGAUUCACUGGAGGGCUUUGUACUAUGUCACUCUAUAGCUGGAGGCACUGGCUCCGGCAUGGGCUCUUAUGUGCUUGAGCGACUUUCAGAUCGUUUUCCCAAAAAGCUUAUUCAGACAUACAGCGUUUUUCCGAAUCAGGACGAGAUCAGCGAUGUUGUAGUGCAGCCCUAUAAUUCCAUACUUACACUCAAGCGUCUGACCCAGUGCGCGGACUGUGUUGUGGUGCUGGACAACACCGCCUUAAAUCGCAUUGCCACUGAGCGUCUACACAUACAAACGCCCACCUUGGCCCAAAUCAAUAAUCUUGUCUCAAACAUAAUGAGCGUCAGCACCACCACCCUGCGUUAUCCUUCAUAUAUGAAUAACAAUCUGAUUGGACUAACGGCACCACUCAUACCUACACCACAGCUGCAUUUCCUAAUGACUGGCUACACGCCUCUUAUUGCAGACUAUGAUACCAAAGCAAAUAUUCGCAAGACAACAGUCUUGGAUGUCAUGCGCCGCUUGCUGCAGCCCAAAAACAUGAUGGUAUCUUCCACUUCCGACAAGCGACACUGCUACCUAUCUAUAUUGAACAUAAUCCAGGGCGAAGUUGAUCCAUCGCAGGUUCACAAGUCACUGCAGCGAAUACGUGAACGUAAACUUGCACAGUUUAUACCCUGGGGUCCUGCUAGCAUACAGGUGGCUCUAUCUCGUAGCUCACCUUAUGUACAAACAGGUCACAAAGUAUCCGGCUUGAUGAUGGCCAACCACACGGGCAUUAGCGCACUGUUUAAUCGCGCUUUGGCUCAGUACGAUAAGCUUAAGAAGCGAAAUGCCUUUCUCGAUCAAUUCCGACGCGAACCAAUGUUUCAGGAUGAUCUAACGGAACUGGAUCUUGCACGGGAUACUGUCGAUUGCCUGUCACAGGAGUAUGAGGCUGCAACCCAGUUGGACUACCGUCAAUGGAGCCCGCAAGCAAAUGCUCCAAGAUUGUUAGCAACUAAAACUUGAGUUUGCAAAUAAUUAUAUCU